UAAACAUUAGAAAAACAAAAAAUAUUCUAAGUAAAAUAUGUGAAAAUCUAAUUUGUUAGAUAACUCCAGGCUUUUGUUCUAGUUAUUUAGUACUAAAGCUAUGUUAUUAUUUUAUCAAAGUGAGUGAAAGUGAUACGAAAACUAAGAUGAGUACUGUUCGUGUGAAUACAGUAAAGGAAGUUCCUAAUCAGUACAAGCUACAUUUAUAAUAAAAAUUAAAAUAACUAAAUUAAAAAAAAAUCAUUCAGAACAUAAUAAAUAUGGAGGAUCUCUGUUCAACAUGUCUAUGUGUAGGAAGGAAUCUGUUCUUUAUUGGAGAGACGGGUUUCUAUAAUAUUUUUCAUCAAAUAUUAAAUGAAAUUCAGGUGUAUGAUACAUCACUAUGUGUGCGCGUGUGCUGGGAGUGCAGAGCUGCGCUGCAUCGCUUCCAGAUUUUCAAGUCACAAGUACAGCGCUCGUACACGCAGCUGUUACAUGUACAAGUACAGAAUGGUUCAUCAAAAUUAUUUUUAGCCAAGGAACCAAAGCUUAAGAUAGAGCAAGUUGUAAAUAUAAAUUAUCCAGAGACAAUAGUUAAAGAGGAAUCGGACGAUGACAUACCCAUAGACAAGCUUAAGAGCGAGGCCACAGACGAGAUGCAUUGUGAACCAGAGACAUUUGUCAGAGAUCUCAAUGUUACACACGCUAAGGAAUCUAAUAAAAAGAAGAAUAAAACUAGAUUAAAAAAGAAAAUCAAGAAAAAAAAGGAUAAGAUCAAAGUUGAUGAGAUCAGUGAUUCAGAGAAUUGGCCCGAUUUGAAUACAGAAGAUACGCAGAGAGAAGAGAAUCUUCUAGAAGAUGAGAUUGUUAAUGUCUGUGAUAAAGAAAUACAGAGAGAGGUUAAUUUAGAAGAAUUAGAUGUGAAAGACAUUCCGGGCGAGGUGGGGGAGGUGGGUGAGGUGGGGGAGGUGGGGGGCGAGGUUAGGGCUCCGCGCAGAGCUCCGCGGUCUCGUGAGCGUCUCCCGGAGCGACCGCAGUGUGUGGAAUGUGGUAAAAUGUUCAGCUCCAAGAAGACAUAUAGAUAUCAUCUCAAUGUGUUACACAAAGGUCAGAACAGGUAUCCGUGUCCGCGCUGCGGCAAAGUGUACCAGUGGAAGUCCAACCUAGGCAGACAUAUGAGGAGUCAUAAGGCUCGCGACUCUGGCGAACUUCAUUGCUCGCCGUGCGACAAACUGUUCGCCUCCGUGGCCACUUACAGGCAACAUCUCAGAGUCUCCCGCAGACACGUGCCCGAGACUGACUUCAGUUUCACAUGUGACGAGUGCGGCAAGAAAUUUGUGAGCAAAACACGACUGAGGGACCACAUCGAUUGGGAACAUCUGCACAACAUCAAGUUCCGGUGUCAUCUCUGCAACAAGGCAUACAAGUGUCACACGUCGCUGUACGUGCACCUGCAGAAUGUGCACCGCGACAAAGACGCGCGACACAACCUCUGCCACGUGUGCGGCAAGUCUUACCAGAACGCGGCUAAACUGAAGUAUCACAUAGUUGCGAUGCACACGAGCGAGACUCCGUACCGCUGCGAGAGAUGCGGCGCAGCAUUCGGCUGGUACUCAUCUCUGUACCGACACGUACGAGAAGUACAUUACAAGAUGAAAGUACAACCGAAGAAAACCAAGAAAGGAAAAAAGAAUGAUAUAACACCACACAUCUUACCACAGACAAUGCCAACAUAAACAUGACACACCUACUGAUAACACUUAAGAUUUUCGAUUGACACCAUUUAAAAACAAAAAAAAACCCUA